AUGUCACAAGAUUGUCAAGAGAUUCAAAAUAAGGCAGUCCAGGGACGGUUUGGAAUAAAUUAUAGCCAUCAAAAGGAUAUCACAGCUCAUUUUGGUGGAAGGACUUCCACGUCGCUUCGCGUUCGUCUCCUAGAGAGGGCCGAUUGCACCCUGCGGGGCGGAGAGGCCGGCUGGGUGGGGGACAAGGGAAAGGAGGGCAGUGGGCUGGGCCUCCGCGGAGGGGGCGUGGUGGCCCUGGGCGUGGGCGUGGCGGGCCCGGUUGUGGGCGGGGCCAGCUCUGCGGAGCCGCGUCUCCAGGAGGCUGCAGCUCCGCGGCCGGACAGUAGAGGCCUCCCUUCUGCGGAGGUGACUCCGGGCGGCGGGCCUCUGCGGGCUGGAGUUCGGCUCCCUGGUGUGAACCCGCGAGUCCUUCCCACCGAGGCGCCCGUGAGGCCGGCCCGGCGCGGCGUUCCCCGGCCGCGGUCUCCCGCUGCAGGCGGCGGCGCCCGGGUGUCUGAGGCUUCUAAUGUGAGGAAAAACACGGAAUGACAAGUGUGGGAAAGAGCAAGCACUAAAUUACUGUCAGAAAAAUAAACGGAAUAGCACAGUGGUGCUCAGUGAUUUACGGGGGCAAUUAGUCACCACCCCACGGUGCUGCUGAGGACAGCAGGCAGCAAACGCAUCAGGCCCAAGAGGAAGAAGAGGCUUUGAGCUGCUCUCCAGACAACUUUUCAAACAAGAGAGGAAAUGUGAUCACAUUAGUUCCAUGUGUUCAUUCUGGGUGCCUACCCUUCACAUUUUCCCACUGGCUUAAUAAAUAUAGUUUUAACACCA